CUGUCUAGACCAUUCAUCAUAAUCACUCGUAUAUUAUAUGGUUGCACAAAACCAAUUCAACUCAUUUUAUUCAAAAAAAAAUUAAAAAAAAAAUACCUUCUCAAUUUCAUUAACUAAUUCACCAAAAUAUGGCACAAAAAUCUUCAAAAUUCAAUUGCCAUAUCGUAGCAAUGCCUUAUCCAGGAAGAGGCCAUGUAAAUCCCAUGAUGAAUUUCUGCAAAAUCGUAGUAGCAAAAUAUCCCAACAUAUUCAUCAGUUUCAUUGUCACUGAAGAGUGGCACAGCUUCAUCAGUUGGGACAAAUUACCAGAAAACAUCAACUAUGCAACAAUCCCUAACGUUAUUCCAUCCGAAGUUGGUCGGGCUAAAGAUUUUCCUGGAUUUUUCAAAGCUACUUUAACUAAGCUGGAAGGUCCAGUUGAGAAAUUGGUUGAUGAGCUUUUGAUGAAACCAAGUGUUAUAGUAUAUGAUACGUAUUUAAGUUGGGUUAUUGGAUUGGGUAAUAGGAAGAAUAUUCCUGUGGCUUCUUUUUUUACUAUGUCGGCAGCUGUGUUUUCCAUUUCUUAUCACAUGGAUCUUCUUGCUCAGAAUGGGCAUUAUAAUGCCAAUUUAACAGGAAAAGUGCAAGAGCAGGUUGACUAUAUUCCUGGAAUUCCUUUGAUUCGCGUUUUAGAUCUUCCUACUCCAUUUCAUGGAAUGGGGCAAGAAUUAUUGGAUGUUGUUAAGGACGUCUUCUCUACAGCUUCUAAAGCACAAUAUCUUUUGUUCACUUCAGUCUACGAGCUCGAAUCCACUGUUAUCAAUGCUCUAAGGCAAAUAUUCUCGAUCCCUGUCCAUCCGAUUGGUCCAGCAAUACCUUACUUUACUAGUGAAAAUAAUCCCUCUUCGACUACUUCUAUAGAUGAGCCAGAGUACAUGAAGUGGUUAAAUUCUCAACCAAAUGGCUCGGUUUUGUACAUAUCACAAGGGAGCUUCCUUUCUGUCUCGCGUGAUGAACUGGAUGAGAUUGUGGCUGGUGUGCAUGAUAGUGGUGUUCGAUUCUUUUGGGUGGCCCGUGAUGAAACUGUUCGGUUUCAGAAAAAUGGAUGUAGUGCGGGGCUUGUUGUGCCCUGGUGCGACCAAUUUAAGGUGUUGUCACAUCGUUCGAUUGGUGGAUUUUGGUCGCAUUGUGGAUGGAAUUCGACUAAAGAAGCAGCAUUCUCAGGCCUUCCAAUGCUGACUUUUCCUAUUUUCUGGGAUCAACAAACUAACAGCAAGCAAAUUGUCGAAGAUUGGAAGAUUGGUUACAGGGUGAAAGAACAUGACCAAUGUUCGGUAAGGAGGGAAGAGAUCUCUAACCUAUUGAAAUGGUUUAUGGAUUCUGGAAAUGAGCAAGUGAUGGAAACGAGGCGAAGGGCGAAAGAAAUACAGAAGAUAUGUCAGUGUUCCACUGCAAGUGGUGGAUCUUCUGAAAUUAACAUUGAUGCUUUCAUUAAGGAUGUUUCGUGCCAUAAAUAGAGUUGAUGCAGAUUGCAGUGUUAGUUGAACUUGUAAGUGGACAUAUAAUUGAUUUAUGUUCAUGAGAUUAUUGUGGGAAAUUACCGCAGAAUUACCAAUUGUUGUUAUAGAGUAGAGGUGUUCUACCACUAUAGAGAACCCAUUCAUUAGCUACAUUUGUUUUGUUCAGUUUGAAUACCAUAACGCCCUAAAACUCAAGUUGUUUGGUACGGGGAAAAACUCUUAAAAUUAUUUCAGUAUAUAGAAAAUCCAAUUGCUUUUUGAAUA